AUGUGGGAAGUGGGAUGCAAGAUCAAUCCGGUUCGGAGCAUUUUCGGGGCUCGAGUACGACAGCGACAGCAACCGGGAAGCAGGUCCAGUUUCGCAAUGACUCGUUUGAUCCUCGCACUUGUUGUCGCCUGCGCGGUUGCAGAGCCACAAAGGGAUGAACCUUCGCUUCGUGGAGCGGACGACCUCAUUGCUCGCAUGUCGAGCAGCUCCGGUGACCUUCCGGAAUGUACAGGAGCUGGAGACUUCCCCAGUGCUGCUCCUCUCUGCUACGGCGGCCAGCUCCUGGUGGAGACAUUUGCGAUCAAGGUUGUCAGCUACGACGGUGCAUCUGGAGUGGUUGAUAUGGAAAUGAAUGGCCCGCAGACCGGCCAGUGCUCUGGUGCAGCCUUUCACAACAACGACAACGUCAUCACAAUUGCAGAUGAACAAGAGUGUGGUCUCUCGGGCUCGGAGUAUACUGUUCGCUACUGCCCGGACCAGGACCACUUCAUCAUCAACCUGGUGAAGCCAUGGAACGUGGAUGUUGUCCUCACCAGCCAAGCCUGCCCGUCGUCACUGAAGCAGGAUGGGAAUUCAGAGCCUGAAAAGCAGGCUAUUUUGCCAUGA